AUGACAGCUCUCUCAGGAGAAGUCGACCCUAAACUGGAAGCUCACACAGAACUAUUGAGCUGGGUUAUUCAGCAUGGCGGCACAGUCGAUAAAAGUGUGCGCAUCGCCCAAGAUGCCCUACGUGGUGUACACAUGCAAGUGAAAGCAGAUUGGCCAGAAGCCAUCCCUAAAGAGACGCGGGCAAUCAACACCCCAAUCAGCAUUUCUAUGUCCUGGUACAAUGCAAUUGGUUACGAAUGCUCUAAGGGCUCAUUCUCUAAACAUGGCGUGGAUUUCCCGCGCCAAUGGAUAGAUGAGAUCGGGCCCGAGGAGACAUUCGCUUUCUUCCUCAUGGGUCAGUAUCUGCGUGGACCAGAGGGCUUUUGGUAUCCAUACUUGCGCACCUUGCCUCAGCCGGGCCAAUUAACUACACCUCUGUUCUUCGGCGAGGAGGACGUGGAUUGGAUCCAGGGAACUGGCAUCCCUGAGGCAUCCGUGGAGAGGAUCAAGGUUUGGGAUCAGAAAUAUGAUGAUGCGAUUAACAAGUUGGAGGGAUUUGGUUUCCUUGAUUGUGGGAAGCUUACAUGGGAGCUGUAUAUGUGGGCUGCGACUAUCAUUACCUCACGAGCAUUCUCGCCGAAGGUUCUUUCUGGGGCUGUUGAGGCUGCUGAUCUUCCAGAAGACGGGGUUUCAGCUCUGCUUCCGCUCAUCGACCUACCGAAUCACCGGCCAAUGGCCAAGGUUGAGUGGCGAGCGGGCAAAGAAGAUAUCGGGCUUCUUGUGCUUGAAGACGUCUCGCCAGGCGAGGAAAUCUCGAACAACUAUGGCCCUCGCAAUAAUGAGCAAUUGUUGAUCAAUUAUGGCUUCUGUCUCACCAACAACCCUACCGACUACCGCAUCGUCCAUUUGGGCGUGAAGCCUGAUAGCCCGCUUGGACAGGCCAAGGCCCGCCAGCUAGAGAUGUUCCCGGAGGUGGCCAAGAACAUCGAAGAUCACUAUUACAUUUUCAAUCCCUUCUAUCCUCUAUUGGGUCCUGACACACCGAUGGAACACUCGAUUUUCUCACCAGCAUUGUUUGACGCAUUGACGGUCAUGGAAUCAAACGCCCGCGAGCGUGAAAUGAUCGAGAUUACAAAUGCCGUCAUUCGGAUUCCUCCGGGCUAUGGCAAUGGUCAUAGUAUCUAUGCCGCACUGGCACAGAUCAGUUUCGAGCUGAUUGCUCACGCCUAUAGCCUCAAAACUAGUGCAGAAGAUCUACCUCUGCAACCAACAACCUUAAACCAAACCCACGCUCAGAUCUAUCGCAAUGGCCAAACCACAUUGGACCAUUCUGCCUUGAUCAUCGCAACUUGGACAAUCACCCGCGGCCGGGAACACAAGCGUGGCGUCAGCUGGGAGGAUACCAAGGCUCUCCUCUCUGAGCUGAUGGCACGUGUUCCUGCCGGUCUUCUCUCUGAUGAGGUUAUGUCCAGAAUUCGUGUGCGUAUUCUGGAGCGCCCAUCUCUUAUCACUAAAAACGGAGAGUUGUUCAGACUAGGCGAGUUGUUCAGUCUGCUCCCGGUAGAAAUGCAGGAACAGGCUCAAUCUUGCUUCCAGCAUGUUUUGGGAGUGGUCAGUCAGGAGGUUCCGCCUGUGGCUAGUGAUCCACAAACACUGUUUGCAACAGUGAUCUGCUUGCUGGUUGCAACUUAUAACUCGCCCGAGGCACGUUCGAAAUUGCCGUCGCGUCUUGGAAGAUGGGUAGCUUUCCUGCUUGAGAAAUACCCACUGGCUUCGGUGGGCUCGGACGAGACGAGUGAACCGCUUCGCCUGUUCCAAGAAUACACCAAAGCUGAACAGCCAGGGUCGUGGGCACCCAGUGACGGGGUCGAUUGGCUUGCCGAGGGUAGUGGAUGGUUGAGCUCUGAUUGGCUUCAAUGGUCGUGGACAGUUGCUGGAGGGGAAAUGGUGAUGAUCCCCCUUCAGUCUUUGGAAAUUCUUAGGAUGGAUGAACCACUAUCUAUGCUGAAGCAGGCUUGCUUGUAUGUGCCGCAGGAGUGA